AUGACGGUGGUCGACGCCGAGACCCGGUUCCACGUCCUGGCGGUGGACGACAGCGUCAUCGACCGGAAGCUCAUCGAGAUGCUGCUCAGGACCUCCUCCUACCAAGUCACCACGGUGGACUCCGGGAGCAAGGCGCUGGAGGUCCUGGGACUUAGAGACGAGGGGGACGACUCCUCCUCCUCCUCCUCACCCCCUUCCUCCUCCGCCCCUGACCACCACCAGGAGGUGGGCGUGAAUUUGAUCAUCACUGACUACUGCAUGCCUGGCAUGACAGGAUACGAUCUGCUGAGGAGGGUCAAGGGGUCAUCUUCAUUGAAGGACAUUCCAGUGGUGAUCAUGUCGUCUGAGAAUGUGCCUGCCAGGAUCAGCAGGUGCUUGGAGGACGGCGCGGAGGAGUUCUUCCUCAAGCCCGUGAAGCUCGCUGACAUGAAGAAGCUCAAGUCGCACCUGGUCCGGCGGAAGCAGCCCCAGCUCCAGCCGCAGACACAUGAGAAGCCACAGCCGCAACCACAGCAGCAGCAACAGAAACCACAGCCAGAGCAGCAGCUGAAGGCAGAGCAAGCGCCAGCCGAGCCGGCGGCGGAGGAGGAGGCAGUGACGGCCGGCGGAAUCACGGGUGACUGCGGCGGCGGCAGCAGGAAGCGGAAGGCGGCGAUGAUGGAGCAGGACGGGGCGAGCACGAGCCUCUCCAGCGGCAGCAGCGGCCUGGCGGUGGAGACCUGA